AUGGACGUUCGUUUGCUAUUGGCCGUGAGUUGAGAAAAUAUUAUUACCUUAAAUUUACACCGUCAAACUCGAACCGGAACAUCUUAAAUUCGAAACAUAUCUUUUCACGGACAGAUAUUUGCGUAUUAACAUUUGUCGCGUAUACUUAACACUGGGUCAAUGUUUACUAUCAAUAGUGUAGACCAUUAUGACGUACUAUGAAAGGUCGAUCCGUCCGUCCGUAACGAUUUUUCUCUUGUAUACACAGGGUAAAACUAUUUACGCUCGAUAUUUCAGAGUGUUUACUUUUUUGAACAUUUUAUUUUUUUUUUAUUUUUGAAAAUUCAAGAAACAAGUUGCUCUAAAAUUUAACAUUUACAUUAUUUUUUGUCACUAUGGAACAUUUUUAUUAGACAGCGAAUUACACCCAUUUACCAACCUAUGAUAAAAAUACUGUAACUAGAUGGAAUAUUAGUUAAAACAAAUGUUGGUGUUGACAUUUUUGAUUUCUAUCAAACCGUUGAUGAAAUAUUCCGAUUUUACAUUGUUGUCGGGAGAGAGUAGUGGUGCAUUAUUAAAACAUCUCCCGCCUAGCCGCCACACAAAUUACUCCAUUACUCUCUUCCUACCUAAAUUUAAAAGUGGAAAACCUUGCUAAUACUUUAUCUAUUUACAGAAUUUUUAAUAUAGAUUGGUGUGUAGGUAUAUUACUCUACAUAAUAACAAUGUUGUAUAUAGUGUAAUAUAUAUAUAUUUAAACUAUAUCGAUAAAAAAAAUCGGGUACGGAUUUUUUUUUUGAAAUAUCGGAUAAUUUGAAUAUCGGCUCAUGGUUUCGAAAAAAUGUCGUAUCGGUUAUCGGUUUUACAUCGGUAGCAUAUAUUUGAUUAUCGGAUAUCGGAAAAAAGUCAUAUCGACCACCCUUAAAAAAUACCUACUUAUACAUUUACUAGUAGGAUUUACGAUUAAUUGUCAUAUUUGUUUAUAUUUGUCGUUGAGGUGUUGUUCCUGGCCUGCAGUUACUGCUACGAAUUACCGGACGCAAAGCCGUCCAAAAUUUUGGCUUUUCUACCCACUGAGACUAGGAGCCAUUUUAAUGGCUUCAAACAGCUCCUCCAGGCGUUGGUAGCCAGAGGACACGACUUGACGUUGGUCUCACCUUAUCCGUUGGAUUCCACGGGAGAAGACGGGUCAAUAUUAUCCUACAAACACGUCCGAGUGGAGACCAUUAACAAUCCAACAGGUUCUUAUUAAAAAUUUAACAACAAUACAAAUAAUUGAACAAAGGUUUAUCUCUAUUGAUACGGUUUUGUAUUAUAAUUUUUUCUCGAAUAGGGAAUAUCAAAUGAAUAGGUUAUUUUAGAAACUCCUUAGUAGAGAUAAUUGAGAUAACCAAUUUUAAAAACAUAUAUAGUUUUGGUGGGAUUCCCGUUAUAAAUUUCAUAUUUACUUCCAAAUUAUCAAUUAAACGCAAAAUAGUCGAGUUUGUUUUUUGACGUUUGGGGGGGGGUUCAGAAAUAAACGAUUCGAACGGUGCGAAAAUCAGUGGCAUAUUGACAAUAUUUUUGAGGAGCCAAGGCUCCGUCUAAAUUUAGUUGGCGGAUGGAUAAGACAAGACAGUCCUGUUUAUUUUUUUUUAUUAAUAGUGUCAUACUACUUGGAAAGUAAUCAAAUUUGAUAAAGGGUUUAAUGAAAAAAGACAAUUUUAAUACGCCAGAAUAUACGUAUACAGUAUACGUUUUAGUAGGUAUGUUCAAAUAAAAUGAGUAAAACAUAUAAAAUAGAGAAUGAUGUGUAACAUAAAAUUAUAUGCGGACUUUAAAUUUAUAGACGCUUUUUUGGGAGGGAUUUAUGGGUCAACUUUUGAAAUUCGAAUGGUUACCUAGAGAGUAGUGGGACACUAUUAAAACCACACAAGCGCAUAGUGUUCCACUACUCUCCCACUGGCAUUACUAAAAAUUAGAAUAUUUGAUCGACGGGUUGACGGAAAUCAAAAAUUUCAACACCGAUAUUUAUUUGAAAAAAUAGAUACUUCAUCUAUCUAUAGCAUUUUGAAUACAGGUUUGUAUGUAGGUAUAUUACACUAAGUAUCUAAUUAAAAUGUUUCAUUAUAUAUUAUUUUCUAUUUUGCAUAUUUAUAGGAAAAAAUUGCUGUUACAAAAAAAAUUAUGUACACUCUGUGUAUUUUAAUAUAUUCUAUGAUUUCAUAACCAUUUGUCAUGAGAUACAGCCUAAAAUGUCUGAACAAUAAUACUGAUCCAUUGUUGUAAACAUUAAAUAAAAUAUUUUUUUCUUAACAGGCGUGAAACACUUAAACAAAAACAGCUUAACCAAUAUACUUCCGCCGUACCUGUAUAUCCUUUGGUUGGGUCCGUUCAUCACGAGAAAGGCGUUGGAAAAACGUGUGGUUAAGGAAUUCAUCCUACACGAUCGUUCUUCGUUCGAUUUAGUCAUCGUCGAGAACUUCUUCCACGAGUGCUUCGUCGUUCUGGGCCACAAGUACGGGGCUCCCGUGGUGCAACUUUUGCCGUUCAACACCAAUCCACGAGUGUCACAGUGGCAUGGUAAUCCUUACGAUCCCUCGUAUUUGGCCGACAUCACGGCCCCCUACGCGGCACCCAUGACGUUCUGGCAACGGACCGAGAAUACUGUGGCAGCCUUGUUCAAUACGCUGGUCAACAGGCUGGUGUACUUACCCCAGCAACGGAAAAUAAUGAACGAGUACUUCGCGUACGCCGGACACGAGCAAAGACCCGACCUGGAAACAAUGCUUAGGAACGUGUCUUUGACGUUGAUAAACAGUCAUCCACUCAUGAGCCCGGUGGCACCGUUCGUUCCUAGCUACGUACAAGUAGCCGGCAUGCACAUAAAACCGGCAAAAUCUUUACCUGAGGUAACGGUGACGGAAAAUCUCGAUUCAACUAUCAGUCGAUUUAAUAUUAUAUCAAUCGUGUUUGUUUUUCAGGAUAUCAAACGUGUUAUGGAUACGGCUGUGCACGGGGUGGUUUAUUUCAGUUUGGGAUCGGUCAUCAAGUCGUCGGAAAUGCCACGUGAAACGGUCAAGCUUCUGUUGUCGAAGCUUGCCAAUAUCAAGCAGACGGUUCUGUGGAAGUGGGAAGACGAUCAGUUGCCGGACUUGCCGAAAAACGUCAUUGUCCGAAAGUGGUUCCCUCAAAACGAUAUACUAAGUAUACGGUGGAGCCAUGCUACGUCGAUCAAGAGAGAUGAUUGUAUUUAAUUUUUAUUUAGAUCAUCCGAACUGUCGACUGUUUAUUACGCACGGGGGCAUUCACAGUGUGAUCGAGUCCGUCUAUCACGGUGUACCGAUGUUGUCGAUACCGGUAUUCGGUGAUCAAACGCACAACUCGGUGGAAGCUGCGCACAGAGGAUUCGCGCUGUACGUGCCAUACUUCAAGCUUACGGCUGAGGAGUUUGACAGAAAACUUCAACAAAUUUUGGGAGAUGCGAGGUAAUAUUAUUACGCCAUAAGACGUGUUAAAUGUAAAUACAGUGGAACUUCGAUAACUCGAAUCAGUCCGGGACAAAAAAAAAAAUUCGAGUUAUCGAAAAUAUUUGUUUAUACAACACAGACUCCAUUUUAUAACGUAUACAUUUACCGAUAAUGUACAAAAAUAAACUUUAAUAUCUUAGGUUAUAUCGUACAUAGUUAUCGAAUUUAUAACCGUGUCUUUUAAGCAAUAUUAUGUACAUAUUGAUAAAAUUGAUUGAUUUUCGAUUACGAUUACCGUUAUUUAUGAACGUACAUAUUAUAUACGUUAUCGUUAUAGAUUAAUCUUUCGUACAUUUGUAUAAAUCCAUUUAUUAUUUCAAUAACUUUCGGUAAUGUAUGUCGAAUAAUUCGAGUUUUGAGCCAAAAUUCAAUUCAAAUGACUUCAACUUAUCGAUCAAAUUUACCUUACAUAUCGUGUAUUGAAAUGCAUUUCUUCGAGUUAAAGAGGUACAAGUUAUCAAGGUUUCAUUGUAUUAUAAAUAUUCCGUACACUAAUUUUUAGAUGGAGAAAUUAGAACCAUUCGAAUGACAUCCUAUACCUAUAUGGCCGAAUACCUACCUUUCAUAUUUCAACGAUGCGUAAUACAAUAUGAAUGAAAAAUUGAUGUUAUUUUUACCUCUUAUAUCGUUAUAAUCUAGAUUUAGGAUAUAUUAGCCGGGCACAGCUAAUACAGGGGCAUAUUUUAAUAUCAAUUGAACUUUUUGUUUUUUUUUUCUCAUUUGCAUUUUUGGUGUGAGCCCAUAGGCUAUGGUCCAUGAAGCUUGCGCUUUAAUAUUGUUCUAUUUAGUCUAGUCAUUUUCGUCAUAUACGAAUGGCAUUUAUUUACUAAAGAAUAUACUUACGUUCAAAAUCAAUAUCCAAAUUUAUUUAUUAAGACCAAGAAACAAACUUUAUUUUUAUAACAAAUUAAAAUUUGGUUUUUUUUUUAAAUUGCCAAUAACAAUAAUAAUGAGAGUUCAAAUUAUCAAUCUGGAACAAAUAUAAAUGACGUAUGUAUUAUAUGACGAAAUAGAAUAAAUAAAAAUAUCUAUAGAUACAGAAAAAAAAAAUUGUUUGGGUGCAAUGAGAAUUGUUUCCCCUGGAUAAUUCUAAAUGUACGCAUAUAUCAAAGUAUAUUUAGGUAAAAAGAAAAAAUAUAUAAAUUUGGUGAAAACGGAAAUCGAAACUUUAUUUUACUCGGUUGAAACUAAUGUCUCUCAUUUUACUGCAUACCGGGGUUUCUUUAUUCUCUGUGUAUAGGGGAGGGGAAUUUAUUAUCGUCACCUAAAACACACAGAUAUUUUCUCUACAUGCUUAUAUACGCGCUAUAGUCCGGUUCAGCUUGUAUUGAUCGUCCAGUGAUUCACAGGUUCGGCGAAGCAGCUCGGAAAGCUUCGUCUAUAAUGAAAGACAAUCCUAUAUCGAUUUUGGACCGCGCCGUUUUUUGGAUCGAGUACGUCCUCCGGCACGAAGGAGCGCCGCACUUACGCACAGCCGCCACCGACCUCUACUGGUUUCAAUAUUAUCUUUUGGACGUGAUCGCCGCCCUGUCGGUCGCAAUCGGUUUCGUCGUGUAUUUGAACUGUAAAUUCGUUUUGUAUUUGCUGAAGAAAUUGUGUCGUGCUACUGCAGUCAAAUCGACCGCGAUGAACAAGUCGGCGAUUAAAAAAAAGAAGAGACAGUAG